UUAGGAAGCUGUCCGGGAAAUUGCUCUCCUCGGUGUUACCCUGGGUGUAACGCGAUGUGUUGCUACACAGCUCAACGAUCGUCCAUAUAUCAACAGGAGCGGCUGCUACAACAGCAGCAACAACAGCGGCAGCAACAGCUGCGGUAUUACUACCAACAGCCUGCACAGUCGGCGCCCUCACCUGCCGCAUAUUUUCAAUAUCCCGCUGCUCCUCCUUCUCCAGCAGCAUUUGCGCCGGCUGCCUCCCCCUCUCCUACAGCUGUUCCCGAACCCUCUCCAACCCCCUCUCCACCUCCUCAGCCUCCCCCACCUCCUCCUUCACCUCCCUGUCCAUCGGACUGCCCAAAGGAGUGCUACCCCCAGUGUUCCUCAUCAUGUUGCCAACCCAAGCCUCCUCCGAUGCCUUUGUACAUGAAGAGGAAACAGAAGGUAGCGGUAGCUUGCGAGGGACAUAAACUGAAGAUCAAAUGCCCAAACAAGUAUGUGAUAUCAUUGUGCAACGAAUGAAUUAAGAUCAGUAAUUAUCACAACCCUAGGGUCAGCAAAUUCUAAUCCUUCCCUUCCUUAUUCAUCGAUACCUUUACUUGUUUUCUUCUUGUAUAUAACUACUGGUUAUGUAUUGUUAUAUCUAUGCUUUAUCAAGGCGCAGCGAUUUCAUGUUUCUCUUGCUCCUUGCAGACAAACAUACAAACAAGCCAAAGAAAAAAAAACAUUUGUUACGUGACACUUCCGAUAGUGUUCCUUGGGAAAUACAUGAAAUUUCAAGCAUGAUAAUUUGUGUUUUUUUCGGUCAAUUUUCUAAGCUUUCCAAUAAAGCUGUGCCAUACACAUUUUCAUGACAGUUUGUAAAAAGAGCUUCGCAGAGAAGCUAAAACUUGUGGUGAGAUACAGCUUUGGUAAAAUUACUUUUUCAAAGUCAUUGGUGUGAGAAUUAAAUCUUGCAAUUAACCCCUUGCUCGUGUUCUCUAGGUAUGAUCGCAUCGCCCUAUACAGUACAUUUUACGGCAGAGAUGAUAACAACACAUGUCAACACAAAGUACUCCCUUCUAAGGGACACUGUGUGAAGGACGAACAUAGAAUCAAUGAGAAGUUAUUUGAUUUGUGUCAAGGAGAAAGCAAAUGUUCCGUGGCAGCCACUAGUGCUUUUCUGGGAAAGAAAAAUUCUAUCAUGUGCCCUGAGGUUUAUAAGUAUGCCAGAGUUGUCUACCGAUGUAUACAGCAUCCGAAGAUUGUGCCGGUAAGUUGAUGAGUCAUUCAUCCUUCAAGUUCUGCUAGUUCCAAUUAGAUAUAUCCCAUUCACUUAGUUUCGUGUUCAAUUUACUACAACUGUGAGAAUCAGAUUGGCAUUGGCAUUGUCAAUGGAGACUGUCAUGCUGUGUUGCUGUCAUGCCGUUGUGAUUUCUCUUGUCUCCCAAUGGUUGUGAUCUAGGUGCAACCGCCACAGCUAGCUGGAAAAUUCUUUGCUCGUUUAAUUGGUUAUAUGGUAAUAUAAUAUAAUAUAUGGUAAUCAUUAUCUACAGAACGUUUGCUCCCGAGCCUCACACAACCUAGAAACUAAACACUACUACAUGCGAUUCCAUCCGUUUAUGGCAUCAAUUGAAUUCUCUUACACUGCAUUCUUCUUCAUGACCAGGUAUGUUCUCUACCAUGCCACAAACCAUACAAGUGCUUUCCCAGAUGUGACAUCAACUGCUGCACUCCUCCACCGCCCCCUCCUCCUCCUCCGCCUCCCCCUCCCCAGCUGCCUCCAACAUGUCCCGGAGUAUGCCCAGCUAAGUGCUUCCCUGCAUGUUCUCAGACUUGUUGCAGUCCACCUCCUGCCCCAGCCCCAUCUCCAAUAUACUAUCCCAUGCCUGCUCCAGCACCUCCCCCUGCCCCCACCUGCCCUGGAUCGUGCCCGAGUACAUGCGCUCCAGUGUGUUCAGUCAAGUGUUGUAUCGGCCGGAACGCCGCAUUGAAUAGCAUAAGGCCACUCUCCUACUCGCAAACACGUAUGACACCUGCCACCUACGGUUAUCGAAAUUAUUACCCUGCGUCUCGGUCAAAUGAUUACUACGCACAGUACAAGCAAUACGCCCGAGCGAGGUCUCAAUACCCGAACCCUUAUCAGGCGUACAGAACAUCGUAUGGAAACUGGAGGAACAUGAAUGCCUAUCGAGGAUAA